AUGGCUCUGCCCAUUGCCUCAGUGAAGAUAGUCACUCCACAGGGUCUCCUCUACCCUGGAGAGACAGUCACUCUGCAGUGUGACAUAUCAGACUACACAGACUGGACGUACGGCUGGUUUAGAUACAAGUCUUCUGAAUGGAAGUUUUACUGGUACAGACACAGACCAGACUCUACACCAGUAACCACAACCUCUGGAUACUCCUACACACUCAGCUGGGUCAAUGUCUCUGAUGGAGGACAGUACUGGUGUAGAGCUGGGAGAGGAGACCCAGUCUACUACACCCUGUACAGUGACCCAGUCCAGAUAAACAUUACUGAGAGACCUGUUGCUGUUCUGAUCCUCCAACCCAACUGGACCCAGAUAUUUAUUAGAGAGACUGUCACUAUGAGAUGUGACAUACAGGGAGGAGGAGACACUGACUGGGACUACAGAUGGUAUAAGAAUAGUCAGUUAUUCAGCCCCUUUAACACAAAGCCUGAGUACAGAAUCAGUCCUGUCUACAGGUCUAACAGUGGUUCAUAUACCUGUGAGGGUGUAAAGGGAAACAAGCUCUCCAAUAUCAGUGAUGCUGUGCAACUGACUGUGUCUGAUCAACCCCAACCUGCUCUGAGUAUCUCUCCUCAGUGGCGGAACCCUGGAGACUUAGUGUCUCUGAGCUGUGAAGUUGACAAGACUUCUACAGGCUGGAGGUUCUUCUGGUACAGGACUGUUCCCUACAGAGCUGGGUUACCCUCCCUAUCAGACAAGUCUUACUCUCUACAGCCCCUAUCUGACAAUGUGACUAGUGAAGACUCCUACACUCUGAUCCCUGCUGCUGGUGAUGUGAUCCUGGAGAGCCCUGUCCAUCCCGUGACUGAAGGAGACUCUGUAACUCUGACCUGUACAUUUAGAUAUCAGGAAACAAAUCCUAACCCCAAGGCUGAUUUCUACAAAGAUGGAGUACUCAUCAAGAAUGAGACGACAGGAGAGAUGACCAUCCCUACAGUAUCCAAGUCAGAUGAAGGAUUCUAUAAGUGUAAAUCUGGUCAAGGAGAAUCACCAGAGAGCUGGGUGACAGUGAGAGUCUCUCCAGUCGUAUCUCCUGGAUCCUCUACUUCAGUCCUAGUAGGAGUGGUUGUGGGUCUGGUUGUUGCUGGUGUUCUACUGGUCAUUCUCCUGGUCCUGCUGUGGAGAUAUCAAAACAGCAAAGGUUACUGUUUCAACAGAAUAUUCUGGUGA